AUGGCGCCGCCGUCACGCCGUCUGCCACCGCUAAUGGACGAGCUCGUCGAAGAGAUCCUCCUCCGCUUCCCGCCCGAUGACCCCGCGAGCCUCCUCCGCGCCGCGCUCGUCUGCAAGCGCUGGUGCCGCCUCGUCUCUGGUCCCUUCUUCCGCCGCAGGUUCCGCGAGCUCCAUCGGACGUCCCCCAUGCUCGGCUUCCUCUGCUUCGUGCCGUCCCGUGCCACGAUCUCCUGCUUCCGCCACAGAGGUUCAGGUGACACCCGCUUCAUCUCCACGACCUCCUUCCGCCUGUCCCAUGCCGUUGUCCCCAGCUGGCGCGCCGUCGACGCCCUGCACGGCCGCAUCCUCUUCUACGAUAUGGAUACGUCUCCUGAAACCGUAGAGCUGGACCUCAUCGUGUGGAAUCCCAUCACGGGCGAGGCGCGGAGGCUGCCCAUGGUGCCGCUCUACACGUACAGAUGGAGCGCCGCGUUGCUUUGCGCGGCGCCAGGCUGCGACCACGUCGACUGCGGCUACGGCCCCUUCCGAGUGGUCGUCGUAGCCACAGAACCGUUCGAUGGGCUCACGUCCGCCUGCGUCUACUCAUCGGAGCAACACGCGUGGAGCGUGCCAAUCUCUGUACAGAACCUCAGUGUUCGUAUCUUGAGAGGACCCAGUGUUCUCGUGGCGAAUGCACUCUACUUCAAGUGUGACCAGAAUAGAAUAUUGGAGUAUGAUAUGGGCAAACAGGAACUAUCGGUGAUCAGCCUACCAUCUGUGUGUGACGGUAGCUGCAAAGCUCUCAUGACAGCGGAGGAUGGUGGGCUUGGAUUCGCCGUGGUACAGAGGUCCAAACUCUCUACGUGGUCAAGGGUUGACGAUGGAUCAAAUGUCGGAUGGGCACAACGAAGAGUCAUUGAGCUCGAUAAGCUGCUCCCCCUCUCAACAAUCGUAACUAGAGUGGUUGCUGUUGUGGACGUCCUUGGUCUCAUUUUCAUAGCAACCUAUACUGGGCUCUUCCUCUUCACUAUUGAUCUCAAGUCUGGCCUGGUGAGGCAGAUAUAUGAGGACACUGAGCGCCGUGACACCCGUGACAUUGUUCCAUACACAAGCUUCUGCACUCCAGCGUUGGGAGCGGCCUCUACAGACGAGGGACCAAGAGCAGGUGCUUCAAGCGCAUCAAAAGCUUAA